UUGCUGAACAUGCACACGCAGACAAUGCGCAACAUCGCCACCUGCCGUUGCUGUUACCGUUCAAUUAGCUACGCACAGGAUUGACUCAGGCUUAGCUGUUUGAACACGUAGGCGAGGCGAACAGCACUGUAUGUUUAACUGUAGAAACUGUUUGUUUAUUAGCAGGAAACGAGUGACGUUCACGGGCGAAAUCGUCCAAUUAAGUAACACUUUGUGCGGACUAACUCGCGCUUUAGGACAUUUCUGCGGCACCUGAAACGUUUUAAACGUUAUCAAGUUCUUAAACAUGGCCAGCAGCAGAAAGAAGAUGUCGUUAAAGGGGCUACAAAGUGCUGUCACCUCACCCACACAUCUUCAGAGGAGUAAGGCAGGUGCAGACACACCCUCAUGCUCGAGUACAUCGCCAGAUGAAGACUCGGACACUUCACUACUCAAUGACUCUCAAGGACCCGAGGGCUUUGGAGCACUAACUCUGGACACUCCUAAGAGAAAAGCAGAGGUUCUUGGCAAAUGCUUGCCCUCUACAGGCACAGUUAAGCUGAGGAAGCUUUCCAGAAGAAAUAAUGAGCUAUUCAGAACUUCAAAGGAAACGCCAAUAGACGACUCACCCAAGCAUCUGGGAUCUACAGAGAGUCAGCAAACAUCACCACCUCAAUCUCAUUCAUUCAUCCUCAAAAAGAAGGAGAGGACACCUGAAGAAGGAUCAAAGGCUAUCUACAGGAUGGCAGUGAUUGCUGCACUUGGUGGUACAGUCCCCAGGACUGACACCAACAGCCCGUCUUUGCCACUUGUAUCUUCACCUGUGAAGACUGAAGACAGACCUGUCAUUAAUAAUGACUGCUCCCCAAUCAAACCUGAACAUAAAUCCAAAGAUCUCGGAACUCUCCAGGAAGAUCAAAAGUCCCCCCUUCAGUUCUGUAAGGAUACAGAAGUACCUGGUAACAGCUCUGAUCCACAAACAUGUGGUUGGCGCAUUCUGCAAAAAGGAGAGAAUUCACUCAGGAGAUAUGUUUCUCAGGACACUUUGUUUGUUGAGACAACCUCUCAGGUUGGGUCUUUUGAUCAAGGAAAUGAUGACUCAUCCCUCCCGAGUCCAUCAUUGAGUAUCAAGAGAUGUACUACUUCCUCUUCCAACAUUGUGUCUACUAAUGGAUCCAAUGUUUCCAUCCAUGUACCUGCUGAAGACCUGGAGAUGCCUUUCAUGCCUCCACAGAGCACAGUUUUUGUGACACCCAAGCAGCCCCAAACGCCAUACACUGGCCCUCCAGAGGCAGCUGGGGUUGAGACUAAAAACAGCAGCUCCUCAUACUCUAGGUUCUGUUCAUUGGAUCAAUUUGCACUGCCAAUCAACUCACACAGACGAGUAUCAAACCCUAAAUCAACAUCUACACGCAGGCAGUCAGAUGUUGGCUUUAACAUCCACCACCCUCCCUACACUUUUACUCGUGGUGGCACUCCAAAGAGGAGAUUUUCCCUGGGGGCAGAGCAUACAAAGACCAAUGACCCAUACCUGAACACUGGUGUUGGUUUCAUAGACACACACUGCCACAUAGACAUGCUGUAUGGAAAACUUCGCUUCCGAGGGACAUUCGGCAGUUUUCGAAGGCUGUAUAAGAGCAGCUUUCCCUCUGAGUUUGAGGGCUGUAUUACCAACUUCUGCAAUCCAGGGGUCAUGGUGAAACAGGACCUGUGGGAAGGUUUACUGACUGAAGACAUGGUAUGGGGAGCAUUUGGGUGCCACCCCCACUUCGCUAAGGAGUACUCGAGUGCUCAUGAAGACAACAUACUAAAGGCCAUGCGGCACCCAAAAGCUGUAGCAUUUGGUGAAAUGGGUCUGGAUUACUCACACAAAAACUCAACAAAUGUCUCUACACAAAAAGAGGUGUUUGAGCGUCAGCUGAGUCUGGCUGUGGCCAUGCAGAAACCUCUGGUGAUUCACUGUAGGGACGCAGAUGAUGACCUACUGGCUAUCAUGAAGAAGUGUGUUCCCUGGGAUUACAAAAUUCACAGACACUGCUUCACAAACAGUUAUCCAGUGAUUGAGCCCUUCCUGACGGAGUUCCCCAACAUGUAUGUUGGCUUCACAGCCUUGAUCACGUACUCCAGUGCCAAAGAAGCCCGAGAUGCUGUCCGCCAGAUCCCUCUUAACCGCAUUGUGGUGGAGACAGAUGCACCUUAUUUCCUGCCAAGACAGGUGAGUAAAAACGUCUGCAAGUUCUCACAUCCUGGAUUGGGCAUCCACACUGUGCAGGAGCUGAGCCUGUUGAAGGGAGAAGACGUGCCCACAGUCCUGGCCACUCUCCGACAGAACACCACACAACUCUACGGAGUCUGAUCCUCACAGAUGAAUAAUGAAAUACUCCAUAUGUUGAGAUGUUAGAGAAUGGAGGAGCUGUCUCGUUUGGAAAGAACCACAAAAAUAAGCAAACUGAUCUUUCACCUAACAGAAGGCAAAAAAAACCCCAGUGAAAAUGUGUGACAGAAAUAUUAUUAUAGUUAUUCAUUGUUUUAUUAUAUUCUGACAUUGUUCUUAUUCGCAAAUAAUUUCCAAGAUGUUUUUGUUCUUGCUGUGUUACUUUGCCGUGUUGACGUAUUGUAUGUUUGCUGUAUCUUCACACUGUAAUUUCAUUUGAUUGGAUACAACAUAAUAAGACAUAAUAAAGGCCUUUACUCCUG